AUGAGAGAGCGAGCCAGGAUUUGAAGCCAGAUAAGGAUGCUGAGGCCCAAAGAGGGGAAGUGACUUGCCCAGGGUCACACAGUCGGAAGAGGUGGAGCAGGGCCUCUAAUCCACGACCCCUGACUCCACAUCUGGUGUGUGUGCUGAGACCCCAGGCUGCGUCCCAGGUCCUCUGGGUCAGCCCCUGACUUCCAUAGCCAGGACCAUGGGCAGCAACAAAAGCAAGCCCAAGGAUGCCAGCCAGCGGCGCCGCAGCCUGGAGCCUACCGAGAAUGCCCACAGUGGCGGUGGGGGUGCCUUCCCCACCUCACAGACCCCCAGCAAGCCAGCCUCCGCUGAUGGCCACCGUGGCCCCAACACGGCCUUCACCCCUGCGUCCGCUGAGCCCAAGCUGUUUGGAGGCUUCAACUCCUCGGACACGGUCACCUCCCCACAGAGGGCAGGGCCGCUGGCUGGCGGAGUGACCACCUUUGUGGCCCUCUAUGACUAUGAGUCGCGGACAGAGACGGACCUAUCCUUCAAGAAAGGGGAGCGGCUCCAGAUUGUCAACAACACGAGGAAGGUGGAUGUCAGCCAGACCUGGUUCACAUUCAGAUGGCUGCAAAGAGAGGGAGACUGGUGGCUGGCCCACUCGCUCAGCACCGGACAGACGGGCUACAUCCCCAGCAACUAUGUGGCGCCCUCCGACUCCAUCCAGGCCGAGGAGUGGUACUUUGGCAAGAUCACCAGACGGGAGUCAGAGCGGUUAUUGCUCAAUGCCGAGAACCCGAGAGGGACCUUCCUAGUGCGAGAAAGUGAGACCACGAAAGGUGCCUACUGCCUCUCGGUGUCCGACUUCGACAACGCCAAGGGCCUCAACGUGAAGCACUACAAGAUCCGCAAGCUGGACAGCGGCGGCUUCUACAUCACCUCUCGCACCCCGUUCAACAGUCUGCAGCAGCUCGUAGCCUACUACUCCAAACAUGCUGACGGCUUGUGCCACCGCCUCACCACUGUGUGCCCCACAUCCAAGCCACAGACUCAGGGCCUAGCCAAGGACGCCUGGGAGAUCCCCCGGGAGUCGCUGCGGCUGGAGGUCAAGCUGGGCCAGGGCUGCUUUGGAGAGGUGUGGAUGGGGACCUGGAACGGCACCACCAGGGUAGCCAUCAAAACUCUGAAGCCGGGCACGAUGUCUCCAGAGGCCUUUCUGCAGGAGGCCCAGGUCAUGAAAAAGCUGAGGCAUGAGAAGCUGGUGCAGCUGUACGCCGUGGUGUCUGAGGAGCCCAUCUACAUCGUCACAGAGUACAUGAGCAAAGGAAGUUUGCUGGACUUUCUCAAGGGGGAGACAGGCAAGUACCUGCGGCUGCCUCAGCUGGUGGACAUGGCUGCUCAGAUCGCCUCAGGCAUGGCCUACGUGGAGCGGAUGAAUUACGUCCAUCGGGACCUCCGUGCUGCCAACAUCCUGGUUGGAGAGAACCUCGUGUGCAAAGUAGCUGACUUCGGGCUGGCUCGGCUCAUCGAAGACAACGAGUACACAGCCCGGCAAGGUGCCAAAUUUCCCAUCAAAUGGACGGCUCCAGAAGCCGCCCUCUAUGGCCGCUUCACCAUUAAGUCGGACGUGUGGUCCUUUGGGAUCCUGCUGACAGAGCUCACAACAAAGGGACGGGUGCCCUACCCUGGGAUGGUAAACCGAGAGGUGCUGGAUCAGGUGGAGCGGGGCUACCGGAUGCCCUGCCCGCCUGAGUGUCCCGAGUCCCUGCACGACCUCAUGUGCCAGUGCUGGCGGAAGGAGCCAGAGGAACGGCCCACCUUUGAGUACCUACAGGCCUUCCUGGAGGACUAUUUCACAUCCACCGAGCCCCAGUACCAGCCUGGAGAGAACCUAUAGGGAGCAGGCUACAGGGCCAGACUGGCUUCUUGGCUUGGAUCUGGGGCGAGGUGGCCCCCGAUGCGGGGUCCUGCCUGCCUCUGCCUGCCCACUGCUGAUCCUCUCUGUGGGGCUGAAUUGCCAGUGACGAGGCCCCUCCUUCUUUAGUGGCGUGGAAGGGCUUGGGCCCUCGGGCAGCCCUGAGGACGGGGUCCAAGGCUGGCAGAGUGACUGCGUCCUGGCUCCCCAUCCAGCCACAUGCCUCCUCCCUGUCCCUGUCCUGGAGCUCUGCGUGACUGACAGGAGGGACUGGGAACGACCGGGGCCGAGGCCUUUCUUUUCCCAGCCUCAGCCUACCCCACACAUGGCCUCCUUCCCACUUCCACGCCGCCCAGGUCUGUCUCCAGAGCUGGCCAAAGAGCCUUUCCAAAGAGGAGUGAUGGGCCCUUGGCCGGUGGCCUGCCUGCCACCCUGCCCCUUACUGUCCAUUCCUGAAACACCUGUUGGUGGAGGCCACUUGGCUCCCUGGCUUGGCAGCCUGAGGCCUAGAUUGACUCGAUGAUGGUGGGUGGGGCGGGCACCUCCCUCAAACCCUACCCUUCUUAGACCUGAGGGACCCUUAGAGAUCAUCAGUUUUUUUUUUGUCCCCAUAUUACCCAUGGGGUAGCUGAGUCUGGGGAGGGGUAGUUCAGAGUAGUUCAGGGUUGAGGUGGGAUCAGAACCCGGUGCUCCCUCUGUUUUCCUCAGGAACCAACAAGAUUGUCCUCAGAGGCAUCAUGGACAGACCGGCAGCCCAGGGGACAAGGGGUCUGAGGAUGGGUUAGAGAGAGCAGAGAGUCCUGCUGCUAGUUCCUGCUCAGCGGGGCUGUUGUGGGGGGAGAGAGUGGAGGUGGAUGUGGGGCUGAGCUAGGAAUGAGGGGUGAAGGUGCAGAUAUAGGGAGGCAGAUUUCAGUCAAAAUGCAGGUGGGUUUUGACGUUCAGGGCUAGCCCACUGUGAAAGAGAGUGAGCUCCCAAGCUCUGGAGGUAAUCAAGCAGAAAUAGAAGAUCCAAGUGGUUGGGAGGCUCUGAGUCUGGCCUCAGGAGGGAACCCUAGGUCCUCCUUUGCCCAGUUUGUCCUGUGUCAUUUCAAUGCCUGGCCCCUGCUCUCCUCCCCACGUUGGCGUCCCUUAGCUCAUGAGCAGGGAAAGGAGUGCCUAGGCUGGGGUGGUGGGGGGAGAUGAGGGUGUCCAGUACCGUGCACAAGGACUGGCUGUGUGACCUUGGGUGACCCUGGCUCCCUCUCUGGGAUGCAGCGUCUGCCUCCGUCUGUGGCCAUGGGCUCUGUAAUUACCCCACCCCUGUCCAGACCCUGUGGCCUGGCAUCACAUAGUGAGCCCAGCCCGGGGCAUCAGGGGACUGUUUUGGCCCUAGCUCUGCUGUUCAGCCUUAGGGUAUGUGGUGGUUUCUCCCUGGGCCUCAGUAUACCCUUCUUAAAAGGGGUGGCUGACCGUUUGGGGCGUCUUGCCAAGGGCCCUGUGUGUGUGUGUGUGUGUGUGUGUGUGUGUGUGUGUGUGUGUGUGCACGUGCACGUGUGUAAUUCCUCCAUGUGUGUCCAUAUUUAACAUGUAAAAAUGCCCUUUGCUCUGUCCCCUAGACACAUUGUACAUUUCACCCACAGCCCCCCAUCAUAGCAAUAACAUUCCUGCUGCCAGGGAUUCUCGAGCCAGCCAGGCCCUGCCAGCGGGGAAGGAGGCCAAGUGGUGCCUGCCUAUGAAAUUUCAACGUUUCUUUUCAUACAUGUUUAUUACCCAAGUCUUCUCCUAUCCGUCCCAGUCAAAUCGGGGCUCGCUCAAAACAGCGUGCUCUCAAAUCCCCUUCCAACUGCCCAAGGCCCUUUGUAUAAGGUGUCCUAAUACUGUCAUUUUUUUUUUUUAAAACAGUGUUUUGUAGAUUUCAGAUGACUAUGCAGAGGCCUAGGGGACCCCUGGCUCUGGGCAGGGCCUGGGGUCCUGCAUUCACAGUCCAGGCUUGGUGGGGGGAGGGGGGUAUCCAGAACUGGUUGUACAUACUUUGCAUAUUGUCUGAUUAAACACAAACAGACCUCAGAGUUCGGCCAGUGGUUUAUUGAGCAUCUACUGUGUGCCGGAGAGUGAAGGGGUGGGGGGCAGUGGUGAGGACAGACUGAUCAGAGGAACCUCUGUGUGGCCAACAGUGGUGGCUGGAGGGCUCCAGGCCAGGGCGUGGUGUGAUCAGACUGGAGAUGGCCACUUCCAACUGUGACGCACCAGAUGAAGCCCAGGACGCCCCAAAAUGUGAGCAGUUCAGGACUCAGACCUCUGGGUGGAUGGUGGCGGUUGACACCGGGUACUGAGUAGGGCUGUCAGGCUUGUGUGGAGUUGUUGUGUGUUCACGGGGUGAGGUGGCUGCGUGUAUGUGCAACCUGUGUGUUUCCCAGGAGUGCUGAGCUGGGUGGGAGGUGGGGCUGGAUCAACAGAAGUCCUGGAUACUCUGGAGAAAAACCCCAAGACCCUUUCUCUCCUUCCUUCUCCCCAACCACCAACCAACGGACGGAUGCAACCUGGGAAGUUAGUUCAUGUUGUCACAGCCUAUGCGGAGAAAUUUGUUUUACAUCAGAUGACACACCGAUCCGUGAGUCACCUCUGGCCAUCAUACUUUAAUUAAAAACAAACUUCAAACUCGG